AUGCCACUUGCCAUUCUCGCCGAAGUCUUCUCACAUCUGCCUAGCUCGUAUUUGCCGUAUGUUGGCGCUACACUGGUCGCACUCGCUGUCCUCAGGUCAUUUGCAUCGUCAGCAAGCUCGGUCAAUGCUGCUAUCAAUUCACUCGACAUAGACGACUCUGUCACGCCAUUGCACGGCAAGAUCGUCAUCAUCAGCAAUGGCUUCAGUCCGCUCGGCCUCACUCUGGCGCGAUUGCUCGCUUUGCGCGGCAGUCAGCUCAUCCUGCUGCAUUCUGACAAGCCCGACAAAGCAGAUGAGGGAUCUCAGGCCGAAGGCGAUCUUGUCUCGCCUGUCACAUUCCAGCUGCUGGCUCUCUUACGAAGUUCGACGCGCAAUGAGCGCAUCUACGCCGAAUACUGCGCGAUAGACGAUUUGGCAAGCGUGACGACCUUUGCGAGUACUUGGCAGAGCAAGGCUAAGCGAAGGGGCGCCAUGGGUGAAGUGCUCGGCUCGGAGAAGAUCUGGGCGCUGGUCAUGUUACCUGAUGCGAGAUUGCGGUCUGCCUCUUCAUUAAGCAUAAGCAACGAGACCGCACGACGAGCAGCCCUCACAGGCAGACUGUCGUUGGUGCAGGCUUUGUUGCCGGCUUUGAUCUCACCUGGAGGCCAAGGUGUGUCCGCUAUGGGUGAUGCGAACGGGCGGGAUCCUGUCAUUCUGCUGGGCGACCAGAGCACGCGCGCUCGAGUAAUCAAUGUCGUGUCAGCGUUCUAUGCAGCAGGGAGACGCUCGACACUAUCUGCUGCUGCAGAUACGGAUCCUGUUGCAUGGUCCAAAGCGAUAGAUGUAGAGCUUCAAGGCGCUGAUCCGCUGCAGCCACGACGAUACGAAGGCAUUCUCGCACUGGCUAGCAUAGCGGCCUUCCGAGAAGCACAGACGAGGAUCGCUUCCCUUGCAUCCAAAGCACAAGCAAAUGUGGAUGCGCUUUCCAGCCCUGUCGUGCUCUGCAGUCUCUCGGCUGGUUUGACACGUGGCGACAUGGCUCGCAUCGCCCUACCAGAUGCAGCUCCGUACAGAGGCAAGCUUGUGCUCUAUCCGCUACAUGUCAUCACACGGAUAUCGAGGCUCAUAUUGCUCGGGCUGCUCUUUCCUCUUAUCUGGUCAAUCGGACAAAGUCAUGUGGAAGCAGCGCGGCAGAUCGAGUGGAGUCUGCUUGCGCCGCUCGCGAUCGGCCCUAUACCGCUCAAGAAGCCAGCAAAGUACGACAGAGCGGAUAUCAAGGCUAGAAUCUAUCCUGGCUCAUUCUAUCGAGAACUGCAUGAUCUUGCGCCUGCAUUCGACGAGCUAGUGCUACCGAUUCCGGGCAAGCUUAUUGCCGAGGCAGCCAACUUCAACUUCCGCACGCACCAGCACAUCCUGCUACCAGUACAUCCAGCCAUCGCGAAAGCUUCACAAACGCAGAACAUCAAUAUGUCGUCACAGAAGCUGCCGCCCGGUGUCCGCAUCAACGGCCCGGUCGAGAAGGCGCACGAAGCUAUCCUGACUCCAGAGGCUCUGCAAUUCCUGGCUGUCCUCCACAGGCCAGUCGCCAUACUUUAUCAGCCAUCAAGGCUGAUGGGUCUGAUUCGCAGGAAUUUCAAUCCGACGCGCAAGGCAUUGCUGCAGCGUCGUCAGCUCUAUCAGGCAACGCUCGACGCCGGCGCCCUGCCCGACUUCUUCCCGGAGACCAAGAGCAUUCGCGAUGACCCCACUUGGGUCGGCGCUCCGCCAGCACCCGGCUUGAGAGACCGCCGUGUCGAGAUCACUGGACCGGUCGAUCGCAAGAUGGUCAUCAAUGCACUGAACUCUGGCGCAGCAACUUACAUGGCCGACUAUGAAGAUUCUAACUCACCGACCUGGCUCAAUUGCCUUGAUGGUCAAGUCAACAUCCGGGAUGCAGUUCGCCGUCAGAUCGGCUACAAGGAUGCCAAGUCGGGCAAGGAAUACAAGCUGAACGACAAGAUCGCCACGCUUAUCAUUCGCGCCCGAGGCUGGCAUCUUGACGAGUCGCACAUCCUCAUCGACGGACAGCCCAUGUCGGGCAGCAUGUUCGAUUUCGGACUGUCCUUCUUCCAUAAUGCUCACGAGCAAGUCAAGCGCGGUCUCGGCCCCUACUACUACUUGCCAAAGAUGGAACACUACCUCGAAGCACGUCUCUGGAACGAUAUCUUCAACAUGUCGCAGGAUUAUAUUGGCAUGCCACGAGGUACCAUCCGCGGCACCGUCCUCAUCGAGACCAUCACUGCUGCUUUCCAGAUGGACGAAAUCAUCUUCGAGCUUCGUCAACAUUCGUCUGGUCUCAACUGUGGACGAUGGGAUUACAUCUUCAGCUUCAUUCGCGCGAUGCGCGCGAAGGCUGACUACGUCCUUCCUGACCGCAACAAUGUCACGAUGACGGUGCCUUUCAUGGACGCAUACGUUCGUCUGCUAAUCAAGACCUGCCACCGACGUCAAGUCGCAGCAAUGGGCGGCAUGUCGGCUCAGAUCCCGAUCAAGGAUGAUCCCAAGGCUAACGAGGUAGCCAUGGAGAAGGUCAAGGCCGAUAAGCUUCGUGAAGUCCAAGCGGGUCAUGACGGCACCUGGGUCGCACAUCCCGCAUUGGUCAAGAUUGCUCUCGAGAUCUUCAACGAGCACAUGAAGGGACCUAACCAGUAUUAUAUCCGCCGCGAGGAAGUGCAAGUCACCGCGCUUGACCUGCUCAAUAAUAAUGUGCCUGGCCAGAUCACCGAGGCCGGUAUCCGAGGCAACGUGUCUGCAGCGCUCAAAUAUGUCGCCAACUGGACUGCCGGUCUGGGUUGCGUGCCCAUCAACUACCUCAUGGAGGAUGCUGCAACUGCCGAGAUCGCACGAUCGCAGCUCUGGCAUUGGGCUCAUCACGGCGCAUCGACCGACUCGGGCAAGAAAAUCACGGCAUCUUAUCUCGAUGGCAUCAUCAGCGAGGAAGCCUCAAAGUCGCAAGGACUGGUACCAAAGCAUCUUGAUGCCGCCAAGCGAUAUAUCUCUCAACAGGUUCACGCAGAUGUGCUGUCCACUUUCCUCACCACUGACAUGAUGCCCCAUCUCGAUGAUCUCGCUGCCCCCACGAGACCCAAGCUAUAA